AGUCUAACAACAGAUAAUCUACAUUUUAUUAACUCUCAUCAGAACUAACAUCUACAAAAGGCGUUAAGAAAAAUGCGAUAACAUACGCAACUAAACAAAGCAUGGUCGGCUUUAAAAUGUGGGGCACAUAAUGUACCCAAUGGUGCAACGUCAACGUGACCAGCAACACCAAAAACCGAACCAAACUCGGAACCGCGCAGGCCUUCUAGAGCAGCAACCGACCGUGUCCGUAAUAUCCCGAGGCCGUUUCCAGCAGCACGACGUUCUCGAGCCGUUGCAAGAGGUAUCCGUUGCGCAGCAAGAACUCACGGACGACGACGAGGAAGAGCAGAGGCUGCCGAAGAGACCGUUGCACAGAAGAUUUUUCACUUACGUCAGAGAGGCGUGGACGGGAGUCAAGUCAGCCUUAGAUUCAGAACUAGAAGACCUCGAAACCCCGCCCCGCUACCGACCCGACAGUCUGGAAUCUCUCUGUCGGGCCACCAGGUUCACGCAGGACGAAAUCAAAAGAAUAUACAGAGGAUUCAAGGCCGAGUGUCCAACGGGUGUCGUUCGAGAGGACACUUUCAAAAUGAUUUACGCUCAGUUCUUCCCACAGGGAGCAAACACUAGCCAAUAUGCUCAUUACGUAUUUAACACAUUAGACCAAGAUCAUAGUGGACUAAUAAGUUUUGAGGAUUUCGUCCAAAAUUUAUCUAUUCUCUCACGAGGAUCUUUAGAAGAAAAACUACGUUGGGCGUUUUCGCUAUACGAUAUUAACGGAGACGGAUAUAUCACUAGAGAAGAAAUGACAGACAUAGUCAGUUCAGUUUAUGACCUUAUGGGGAAGCUUGCCGAGCCUUGUAUAGACGAAGAUACGGUUAAAGAAAAAGUUGAUAGGAUUUUCCAAAAAAUGGACAAAAAUCAAGACGGUGUCGUAACGUUAGACGAAUUUUUGGAGUGCUGCAAAACGGACAAGGAUAUUUCCGCGUCCAUGACUGUUUUCGACUCAUCGAUGUGACAUUUGGCUGUCGGCGUCGUGGACACACGAACAUAAUAAACAUAGACAUAAACAGAUAUUUGAAUAGGGUAUUCUGCUAACCCAGGAUAAUCAAAUAGCAGAACCCUCUAUGGCGCCAGCAAACUCCGUUAAAUAGAAAUAAUAGGAUACUUGCUGCUAUACUUAGUUUUGUGUUUUAGAUAACAAUAAAAAUCGUAUUUAUUUAUUUUUCUUUUAAGAUAAUUUUGAGAUAGCAGAAAUAAAAUAUCGAUACAGGAUGUAUCAUCAUUGGGUGGGAUAUUGUAAGUCCCAAUUAUAAAUGGACUAGAUUAUAUUAAGUUCCAUAUAUCUAGUUCCUUAUAUUAUAUUAUUUGAGUUCGUUAUGGCUCUGUUUUACCUUGGAUCAAUAGAUGUUACUAACUAUUAUAAUUGAUUAAAAUAUAAUGUAAUAAAAAUAAAUAAAUUAAUGUAAUUUCUCAACAAAACACAAAAAUUAGAUACGCUACUGAAGUAACUAAAUAAAAUUCAAAAAAUUUAUGUAUCGUUCUCUUAUAAAGUUAUCAAUAUUUUUUAUACCGGAUGCGCCUCAAAAGUGGGUCACCUCUACUAUAACGUUUUUA